AUGACGCCUGGGCUCACGUCGCAUCAGCAGCUCGACGCCGGCAUCGCAGCCCGCCAGCACGCUGGUCGCAAGGCGCUUAAGAAGUCGAAGCGACCGUUCACUAACUACUUCAAGACGGAGUACCGCCUUUCACCUCUCGCACGCCUCCCCGUCACACGGACGUCGGGUGUAAUUAGCAGCUUCGACGCCGUGCGCAUGAUGACAGACCCGACUCGCAAGUGGGGCACUCCGUGGGACCGUGCCAGUAGCAGGGCUCGCACGCGUCACAAGCGGCAAGAUGUGCUGGAGCCAACCCCGACCCAGUUCGGCGAUGACUCGAUUGACCGCGUGGUGGAGCGGCUGCUCGAGGUCCGCUUUGCUUGGGAUCGCGAAGACGGAGUCCUUUGCACAAGUCUCGUGCCAACGAGUCUCUUUAACACCACGAAGCACUGCCGCCCAUAUCUCACGCAGGUGGCCCCAUCGCCGCUAAGCUCGUCGACGGCUCUUUUGCCGCGCGAGUCAGCUGUAGGCGGUGGUCGGGGAAGCCACAGCUGCGAGCCACACCCCUCCGCCAUGGAUGGGGAAGUCGUCAUUAUUGCGGGCAAACCUGUACAUAUCAUGCGGCGUACUCCGCUUCUGCGGGGCAAGUCUGGUCAACCCAAGCGACCGCACGCGCGAUCCACCCUGGGCUUCAGCGGUGUUGACACGGUACCGUCGCUGGUGCUGGACGUGUCUCACGGUCCGUUUCUCACCAGCCCAGGGGUGCCACUCAUGACGCUGCGGUGGAAGGGAGAGCACCGCGACCCGGCCAGCGCGCAGAGGGCCCUGCAGCUUCUCCGCCGUGCGCGAGCCGUGCCGGCCGUAGGGCUUUCGCCUCGCUCGUCGCUGCUGCUGCUCAAGGCACUGGCCACAGUGGAGGUGGAGGAGCCGGCACUGGCGGUCUCGCUCGCCAUUGCGAUGGGGGAGAACUACAGUGGCUACUCGGAUACCGAGUGCCUCGAGUUGCUCCGCUGUCUGCGGCGCCUUGCGCUCGUGCGGAAGCUUCCCGACAUUGCCGCUCCCGAUAUCGACACGUCCGCACUGGGCUCCGCGUCAACCACUGCUAGCCAGUUGCCGCCAACGUUGUACACGGAGGCCGAGCUGACGGACGCGCUCCUUUCCCAUUACCUUGACGACGCCGCGCCGUUCCUUGUGGCGAAAGUGUGGUCCCGUCUGCCCGAGCAGAGCAGUCGCCUGCUGAACCGUGGGUACUUCCUGGACUGGUUCGAUUUAAUGAGGCUCGCUAUCGCAGCCAAUGGGCCGCAGUGCCUGCCGGAACGGUUGCCGAACGGGGUCAGCGAAGCCCCGUACGCCGCCAAGUACCUCUUUUUCCGCUACACACUUGGGCUCACGGAGGAUGUGCUGCGCGCUCUCGUUGAUCACCUGCGCGGCCUCGAGACGUCGACAGAGUUGAUGCUUCAGCAGGUGAGAGACUCGGGUGCCCGUCACCAGCACCCACUUCCGGCGGAGUCGAGCACGUCCAGCAGCAGCCAUGCCGCAUCUCCGCACUUUGUGGACGAGGUCAAGGAGGAGGUGGACAAACCCCUGGUUCUGUGGCUCUGCGUCGCUCUGCUCGUACGCAUUGUUGCGGAGUCCCUCGGCGAUGUGGUGCGGCACGUGGGUGACUCACUGCAUCAGCACACCGCAUUGGCUGCGGAGCAGGCGGAGGCGCAGUACGCGCAGCACAAGGAUACCCUCCAGUGCCAACAACACCGGCUGCGUGAUCGUGACAGCGGCUCUGAUUCAACGUCUACACCGCUGGGUCUACAUCAACCCUACCCUCGCUUCAGCAAUGGCGCCUACCAGCAGAUGGGCUGUCGCCGACCAAAGCGGGUACGAGUGCGACUGCUGCCCUUUGAGGCGUUCCCUCGUGUAUCCCAGUGCUUCUCCUGCCCCUUUGCGGCGGUGACGAAGAAGGCGGAGGCGCAGGAGCAUCAGCGGCACCGUCGCCACAGUAAGCCGCAAGAUCGCUUUUCGGCGCACGACUGGGGUGCUGCAGCCAGGAGGUGCGACACGCGCGGCGUGGCUAUGAGUGACUCGAGCGUUGUAAGCAACAGGGCGGGGGAGAAGGGUCAGCUGAACGAGGUGGAGUCGACAUUCGCCUCCGUGCUGGCUGACUCGCCGCUCAUGGCGAAGCACAUCGAGCGUGCAUGUGCUGCACUUGUGUGGAGCACAAUGGUGCUACGCUCGUGUCAUGCGCUGGUGCGCAACCUCCCUCUUGUGCGCCCACCUCCGUUGGGGUUGUCGAUGCCAAGCAACAACCCCAACGGUGCUGCAGCCACAUCCGAGAGCGCGUCUGCGGCACAGCUUCACCAUGACCGCAACGGCGACGAGUGGGCGCGCGCGUCGGCCGCGAUGGAGGCGCGUCAAGCGCUGUGCUACCGCUUUGUUCGUUCAAGUGUGCAGCAGCAUAUUGAUGCCCUCUUUGCUUUCAUUCCGUGGGGCGAGAUGGAGUCAACGUGGGAGCCGGUGCUGACGACUCGCAUCAACACUGCAGAGGAUACUUCAGCACACGAUGCCGCGGACACUGCGGUCGCAGACGAUGCCACCUCACUCACUGCUGCGGCUCUUGAAGCUGUGCUUAUGGAAGACGAUGUGGAGUCAGCGCAGGCAUCUGCGAGCAUGGCGUCGGCUGCUACGCUGUCCGAGGCAGAGCAGCGUGCGCGAGCCACAAUGGGGGAGCUGCGCGAGCGACUCGAGGAGUUCCAAGUGGCAGUUGCUGAUUUGCUCGAGGCGCAUGAGACCAGCUUCCCUGCCGCCGUGCUUCCUAUUUCUCCCUCGUUGCGCGCUGAUGAGGGCGGAGAUGUUUGA